GAAUCUUCUCCAAUUCUUGGCAAGAUCUCCCCCAAGCGGAACCAGAUCCGCCCGCGGGCUUUUGCAAAACUCGAGACCUGGGAAAGAAGCACGUGGCGUGGCGUGGCGUGGAAGGCGGAGCGAAGGGCCGGGAACGGAUUGCAGCUGCGCUUCCACCCCCACACAUCCAAAGCGGGAGGAAAGCGCGAUCCCGCUGACCUGGGAAGCGAAGGGAAUCCGGAGCGGAAGAGCUGAGCCUCCGGGCAGGAGAGGAGCGGACUAGGCCCGACAGAUGCUGUGACAUGCUAAACUUGGUGAAAACAUCUGGAUCCACAGCAUCCUACUGAGCCUCCAAACUGGAUACCUACGGAGCUCCCAACUGCUCGCCUCAUGCAGCACCUGGGACUGUGAGCUUUCUCUGCAGUCUCGUAUUGCCAUAUAUUCAACCCUCUGCCAUGAAGAAGACCUGCGUGCCGGCAAUUAACCCCCCCCAAAUGGCCCAGCGGAAAGUGGACAUUGAAAAUAGGUGCUUUCAAAAGAGGUGGGAGGCAGAGUACCUGUUUGCUGACAUUGAAAAUAGGGCGGUGUGCCUUGUUUGCAGAGAUACGGUGGCUGUCUUUAAGGAAUAUAACAUUAGACGGCACUAUGAGGCCAAACAUCAGGACAAGUACAGACACCUGGACAUGGAGCAGAAGCUGAAGAAAGCGGAAGAGUUGAAGAAGAACCUGAUAUCCUUCAGAAAAGCAAAGUCACAAAGCAAAGCUGCUGUGAAAGCUAGUUAUAUCGUGGCAGAAGAGAUAGCUAAAUCAGCCUGGCCCUUUACCGAGGGCGAGUUUUUGAAGCGCUGCCUGCUUCAAGUGUGUGAAAUCUUGUGCCCAGACCAAAAGGAAGCGUUUUUGAACGUAAGCCUAAGCAGAAAUACUGUUGCCAGUCGGAUAGGUGAGCUCGCCGGGGUUUUACACGGACAGUUGGUUGAAAAGGGAAAAGAUUUCAUUGCCUAUUCCCUUGCUGUGGACGAGAGCAUUGACAUCUCUGGCAUGGCUCAGCUGACAAUCUUCAUCCGCGGAGUAGACGCAGCUUUAUGCAUUACAGAGGAACUUUUGGAGAUGAAAUCAAUACAUGGCACUCCCACGGGUAAGGACCUAUUUGAAGCAGUAUCGAAAUGCGUAAAUGACAUGAAACUGCCCUGGGAUAAACUUACGGGACUGACAACGGAUGGAACACCUUCAAUGUGCGGGGAAGAGAGUGGGUUAGUGGAAAGACUGCGAGAGAAGAUGAAGAGCGAGAAUUGCACAGGUGUGCUGACGGCGUAUCACUGCCUCAUGCACAAGGAAACACUGUGCGGCAAAACCCUGAAGAUGGAACAUGUAAUGAGCACUGUCACACAGACAAUUAACUUCAUAAGAAGAGCCAAGGGUUUAAAUCACUGUCAAUUUAAGUCUUUCCUUGAGGAAAUACAUUCUGAACUUGGUGAUCUGCCCUACCACGCAGAGGUGAGUUGGCCAAGUCAAGAAAAAGUGCUCAAUGGAUUUUUUGAGCUGCGUGUGGAAAUUUGUCAGUUCGUUGAAAGCGAAGGGAAAGACGCCACGGUACUGAGGGAUGGAAAGUGGCUGUGCGAAUUAGCCUUUCUGUGCGACGUAACGAAGCAUCUCACUGAGCUAAACCUUCAGCUUCAGGGACGGGACCGUGUGAUCACGGACAUGUAUGACGCAGUGAAAGGCUUUCGAGGAAAGCUGGGACUCUGGGAGACUCAGAUUCAGCAAGGGAACUUGGCUCACUUUCCCUGUUGCCAAGCAAUUGUCAGCCAAGUCUCCACCGCUGUGUUCUCGCAGGCUCGGUUUGCGGAUAAACUGAGCGCACUUCACAGGGAGUUCACACGUCGCUUUGUUGAGUUGGAAGCGCAGGCGUUCAAUUUUGGACUGUUUGUUAAUCCGUUCUCAGUCGAUGUGAAGAUAGCUCCCGUGGACCUCCAGAUGGAGCUGAUCCAACUCCAGUGUAGCGGCACACUGAAGUCCAAGUACGAUUCUGUAGGAUCCACCCAGUUCACCCGGCUCAUCCCUGAAACGAUGCCCCAACUCCGCCUACGAGCUGCUCAAAUGCUCUGCAUGUUCGGUAACACACACCUGUGUGAGAAUGUUUUCUCCAUGAUGAGGGUGAACAAAAGGGCGCACAGGAGUGUUCUCACUCCUGCACACCUCCUCUCUAUCCUGAGAGUUUCCACAGCUCAAAACCUAACGGUAAAUUUGGAUGAGCUUGUAGCCAAGAAAAGAUGCCAAACAUCCAGCAGGGAGAAAAAGGGCCAGCGGAUGAAGAUGGCCAGGGUACCCCCUGACUGUGGAGAAGAACUAUCUCAUCUCUCUGCCACAACAUCUCAGGGCUCUGUAUCCUUUGAGGACGUGGCUGUGUAUUUCACGGAGGAGGAGUGGGCUCUGUUGGAUUCUAGCCAGAGAGCCUUACACAGAGAAGUCAUGCUGGAGAAUUCUAGGAAUCUGGCUGCUGUGGGUUAUGGGCAAGAGCAUGAGAAUUACCAGGAGCUCAACUUUACGCUAUUCCAGUCUGAAGAAAGGAUGCUUGGAAUUCAGAGGGCGCUUCAAAAGAGUACGAAAAGCUGCCUAAAGAAUGGAAGGAAGAAAUCUUCUCCUUCAGAUCACAAUGAACUCCUCCCAGCUCAGCAACUUCAGCAACAAGUAGGAAGUGAAAAAUAUUUUGGGGAUGACAAGAAAGAGAGAUCGAAAUUUGUUUUUAGUAAAUAUUGUACAAACCAGGUUGAAGAGAAACAAUAUGAACGUCAAGAGUAUGUGCAAAGUAUCAGUCUUAACUCUUCUCUUCUUUUACAUCACCCAUCAUUCAUCCAAGAGACACCGUAUGCACUUAUAAAUUGUGUGGAAAAAUUCACAUUGAACAGUCAUCUUAUAUUGGAUGGAGAGGAUAACCCAUAUGAGUGUGGAAAGGCUUUCACCAAGAAACAGUUGCUUAUUUUACCCCCAGAAAAAAAACAAUAUAAAUGUCUGGAGUGUGGCAAGACUUUUACUCAUAGAUGUAAACUUACUGUCCAUGAACGGACGCACACAGGGGAGAAGCCAUAUACGUGUCAGGUGUGUGGGAAAAGAUUCAGUCAGACUGGUCACCUCACCAGACAUGGACGAACCCACACCGGGGAGAAACCAUAUACGUGUCUUCACUGCGGAAGGAAGUUCAGUGGAAGUUCAAACCUUAUCAAACAUGUAAGGAGCCACACGGGAGAGAGACCGUAUAAAUGUACAGAGUGCGAUAAGAGCUUCAGUCGGAAAACGACCUUUAUUUAUCAUAAAAGGAUCCACACAGGAGAAAAACCCUACGAGUGCCUGGAAUGCGGGAAGAGCUUCGGGCGUAACUUUAGCCUGAUGCAACAUAAAAGGACCCACACCGGGGAGAAACCGUAUCAAUGCCCGGUCUGUGGAAAGAGUUUCAGUGGAUCCUCGGAUCUUAUGUAUCAUAAGAGGAUUCAUACGGGGGAGAGACCGUAUAAAUGCCUGGAGUGUGGAAAGCAAUUCAGUCGGAGAAGUCGCCUCACGGCUCACAAAAGGAAGCACACAGGGCAGAAACCGUACACCUGCCCGGUGUGUGGAAGGAGAUUCAGUCAGAGCGGUCACCUCACAAGACACAAAAGAACCCACACCGGGGAGAAACCGUAUACGUGUCUAAAGUGUGGAAGGAACUUCAGUGGAAGUUCUAGCCUUGUGAUACAUGUGAGAAUUCACACGGGGGAGAAACCAUACAAAUGUACCGAGUGUGGAAGAUGUUUCCGUCAGAGAACCACCUAUAUUUACCAUCGAAGGAUCCACACGGGAGAAAAACCCUACAAAUGCCUCGAGUGUGGGAAGAACUUCAGGCGAAACGGUCACCUUAUGAAACAUAAAAGAAUGCACAUGAGCGAGAAACCCUAUAAGUGUUUGGAGUGUGGAAAGAACUUCAGUGUUCACUCAGAUCUGAACUGUCAUAGGAGGAUUGACACCGGGGAGAGGCCGUAUAAGUGUUUGGAGUGUGGAAAGAGUUUCAAAUACAGCAGUCAUUUUAUUUGCCAUAGAAGGAUUCACACUGGGGAGAAACCAUUCAAAUGCGCAGAAUGCAGAAAGAGCUUCAGUCAAAAAAAUCAUCUUUCACAACACGAAAGGAUCCACACAGGGGAGAAACCAUAUAUAUGCUUGGUGUGUGGAAGACGAUUCAAUCAGAGCGGUCACCUAACAAGACACAAAAGAACUCAUACUGGGGAGAAGCCAUACACAUGUCUGAAGUGUGGAAGGAAGUUCAGUGAGAGUUCAAGCCUUGUGAUGCACGUAAGAAGCCACACGGGAGAGAAACCAUACAUAUGUACGGAAUGCGGAAAGAGCUUCCGUCAAAACAGCGUCUUUGUUUGCCAUAAAAGGAUCCACACUGGAGAAAAACCGUACAAAUGCACCGAGUGUGGAAAGAACUUCAGUCAGAACAGUAGCCUUUUGAAACAUAAAAGAAUUCAUACAGGGGAAAAACCAUAUCAAUGCCUGGACUGUGGAAAGAGAUUCAGUGUACGCUCAGAUCUUACAUAUCAUCGGAAAAUGCACACAGGAGAGAAAUCGUUUAAGUGUUUGGAAUGUGGAAAGAGUUUCAGUUGCAGCCGUUACUUUAUUCGCCACAAAAAGAUCCACACAGGGGAGAAACCAUACAAAUGCCUGGAGUGCGGAAAGAGUUUCAGUCAGAACAGUCAUCUUGUCAAACACAGAAGGAUUCAUACAGGGGAGAAACCCUAUCAGUGCCUGGAGUGUGGAAAGAGCUUUACCACAGCCUUACAUCUUACAUAUCACAGAAGAAUGCACACCGGGGAAAAACCUUACAAGUGUUUGGAAUGUGGAAAGAGUUUCAAUUGCAGCAGUUAUUUUAUUUGCCAUAAAAGGAUCCACACAGGGGAGAAACCAUAUAAAUGCCUGGAAUGCGGAAAGCAAUUCAAUAGGAGCAGCCAUCUUGCCUAUCAUAAAAGGAUGCAUACAGGAGAGAAACCGUACAAAUGCACAGAGUGUGGCAAGAGCUUUUCAUAUAACAAUGGCCUUAGGUACCAUCAAAGAAUCCAUACUGGAGAGAAACCAUAUACCUGCUUGAAGUGUGGAAAGAAGUUCAGUGCAAGUGCAAACCUUAUGAUGCAUAUGAGAAUCCACACCGGGGAGAAACCGUAUAAAUGCACGGAGUGUGGGAAGAGCUUCCGUCAGAACAGCGUCUUCAUUUGCCAUAAAAGGAUCCACACAGGAGAAAAACCGUACGAAUGCACAGAGUGCGGCAAGAACUUCCGUCAGAAUAGUAACCUUAUCAUACAUAAAAUAAUUCACACAGGAGAGAAACCGUACGAAUGCACAGAAUGUGGAAAGAGCUUCAGCCACAAAAGUCACCUCACGAGACAUAAAAAAAUUCACACGGGAGAGAAACCCUGUAAGUGCACAGAUUGUGGAAAGAGUUUUAGUCGAAAUAGUCACCUUAUGAAACAUAAAAGAAUCCACACAAGAGAGAAACCAUAAUUUGGGAGUUUUCAUCACCCAAGUAUUUUCAUCUUAUAAAGGGAAAAAUAGAAAUAUGGUGACUGUAAAGUUCAGUAGCCUUGUCAGACUUAAAGGAAUCCACAUGGCAGAACCAUAAAAACACCCGAAGUGUGGAAAUAAAUUAAAAGAGUGUUGCACUUAUUUCUCAUAAGAUGUCGUGUGGUGGGAAGAAUGUCUGGAGUAAAUGGAAUUACCAGGACCAACCUUGUUUCUCCUUAAAAAAAAUACAGGAGAAGAUAUAUAAAUACGUUUAUGUGCUACAUGGACUUAAAUGUGCAACGUGUGGAAAGACCAUAUCCAUUUGGUAUAAAAAGUAUACCUAGGAACAGAUUAAAAAAACAACCCUGUUUUAAUAAGGCAUCCUAGAGUUGUUCCAUUCAGGAGAGAAACUGUAAAUGAGUGGAAUGUGAAAAAGGUAGUGACAGCUGAACCUGCAAAGUGGCCAUGACAAAGAACAACUUCAUAUUGUUAUUCGAAAAGGAAACAUAAUAAUUGCCAAAUAAUAUUUCUGAUUGGCUAAUCCCAUAUGUCAAGCCAUCUUUAAAUACGAUGCAGGCAAGAGAUGAAGGGUUUGGAUUAUGACAUGUGGAUAUUGUUUUGAUCCUGUGAAGACAUCUCUGAUUAAAAUCCUGGAUCUGAGCUUCCCUUCUUACAACUUCCUCCAUUUGGUUCUUCUCAGCUAAUCAGUAAUUAUGACAUUUUUUAUAACAUUAUUUUUCUUCCAACCUGCAAUGUUAAGGUUCCAGGUGGUCCAAGAUAGGCCUUGUAGCUUAGUUCCUGAAAUAGACCUCAGUUGCUAUUUGCUGUCAUUUGUUGGAACAAAAGAAAUCCUAAAUAUACAUCCAAAACAUUUUCUCUGAUAAAGAAAAUGUGAAACAAGAAUGAAAGAAGAUUGAAAGGACUCCAGAGAGGAAUGCCUGAAGGAGAAGAAAUUAUUGCUAUUUAUUAUUAU